CCCCCUGCAACGCCCGGCGGGGGUCCUGGGGGCUCGGAAUGCUAUAUAAGCCCAAUGCGAGCCAGCCCUCUGCCCUUCUCGCAGCCUGCAGGGCUUCCGUCAGAUUGGAGAAGCUGAGAGGCGCUUUCCAAGAUGCCGGACGGUCGAUGGAAGCGAGCGGUGCUUUUGGUGCUGCUGAGCCUUUGUUCGGGCGCGGCGGUCGGGGGCUCUCAACCCCGCGGGGGGAAAAGCAAGAGGCAGUCGCAGCAGAUCAUCCAGCCCGCCCUGCCCGCCGGCCACAACAAGCAGGGAUGCUAUGACAAUGGACAACAUUACCAGAUCAACCAGCAGUGGGAGCGCAUUUACUUGGGGAAGACCCUGGUCUGUACUUGCUAUGGAAGCAGCCGAGGAUUCAACUGUGAAAGCAAACCGGAGCCGGAAGAAACCUGUUUCGAUAAAUUCACUGGGACUACUUAUCAAGUAGGGGAAACCUAUGAACGCCCAAAGGAUUCCAUGAUCUGGGACUGUACUUGUAUUGGCGCUGGGCGUGGAAGAAUCAGUUGCACUAUUGCAAAUCGAUGUCAUGAAGGUGGCCAGUCUUACAAAAUUGGUGAUACCUGGCGCAGGCCUCAUGAGACAGGAGGCUUCAUGUUAGAAUGCGUCUGUCUUGGCAAUGGAAAGGGUGAAUGGACUUGCAAACCAGUUGCCGAGCGAUGCUAUGAUAAUGCAGCUGGGACAUCGUAUGUUGUUGGAGAUGUUUGGGAAAAGCCAUAUCAGGGCUGGAUGAUGGUGGAUUGCACGUGUCUCGGCGAAGGCAACGGGAGGAUUACCUGCACUUCCAGAA